AUGGCCCGCCACCGGCUCCCGCUCCUCGCCGCCGCCGCCGCCCUCUUCAUAAUCUUCUUCUUCCUGCUGCUCCCCGCGGACACGGCGCACCCCGCCGGCACCAGCGCCUCCAAACACGCCAGCGUCACCGUCGUCGACUCGACGCCCAGCUUCCGCUCCGACGACCAGUCGGGCUUCGCGAUCGCCAAGGAGGAGGUCGCGGGCGGCGGGCCCCCGCUGCUGGGAGGCGACAUCCAUAAGGAGAUCCUCCAUGGCGAGACUAUCAUGCCGAAGUUGGGGAAUGAGACGGCAAAAGCGGAGCUAGGCCGCGCCUCGUGGAAGCUGCUGCACACGACACUCUCCCGCUUCCCGAAGAAGCCCGCGAAGGACGAGCGCGAAGCGCUCUCCUCCUUCCUAUACCUCUUUGCGCGCCUGUACCCCUGCGGCGAAUGCGCCACCCACUUCCAAGCGCUCCUGCAGCGGUACCCGCCGCAGACGUCCUCGCGCGACGCCGCGGCGCAGUGGGGCUGCUUCGUGCACAACCUCGUCAACGAGCGGCUGCACAAGCCGGCGUUCGACUGCGGGGCCGUGACGGAGAUGUACAAGUGCGGGUGCGCUGACGCGGAUGCCGAGGAGGAGGGGGAGGGGAAGGGGAAGGAGGAGAGGGUGGGGGAGCCGAUGGAGACGGCGGGGGUGACGGCGGGAAGGCCGCUGACGGCCGCGGAGGGGGUGGAUUUGCUGGAGGUGAAUACGAGGAGGGCCGGGGUGGAGAUGCAGAGGGAUGGGUAG